AUGAUUCGUGAUGACUAUAAAGUUAUAAUUCGAGCCGACAAGAGACCACCUGAAGAACGCGAAUGUCGAUUUAUUCCACCUCGCAUAGACGAAGUCGCCAUCGUGAUUGUGGACAAUGAAAACACAAACAGUGACAUAAUUGUACAACAAAGAAGGAAAGGACUCCAACGCAUUGCAGAGGCAUACGGCUCAUAUGAUGCUCUACAAUAUCCAUUUAUAUUUUUAUACGGGGAGGACGGAUAUCAUUUCAAUUUGAAACAAAUUCAACUUGAAGCAGGUGUAGAAACAAACAAAAAUGUCACUUCCAAGGAGUUCUAUGCUUACCGCCUAAUGAUCAGAGAUAAUGAAACAUACAAUCACAUGCUCAACACUAGCCGUUUAUUCCAACAAUUCCUGGUAGAUAUGUAUACAAAAAUAGAAGCGGAACGGUUGCCUUAUAUAAGACUAAAUCAGAAGAAACUACGCGCGGAAGAUUACAUUGACGACAUUGGAACAAUGAUGAUCUUACCCUCAUCUUACAUAGGAAGUCAGAGACAUAUACACGAAUACACUCAUGAUACCUUGACCUACAGCUACUGGCCUCCAAAAUCGGUGAACAGUAAUAAAAUCCGUGGAAUGAUUGAGGCAAGAGUAGAACCAUCGCCCAAUUGGGGUUUAUGGGAUGUUGUCCUCUUAGGGACCUAUGACAAUUUUGAAACAGCCAUGAGGAAGUCUAAAAAAGCCCAGAAUACGGAUGAACUAACUUCAAAUAUGGAGAAUGCCAAGACUCGCAAAAAAAGAAUGAGAAAGCGGAACCCUAAGUUUAGCUCGCCUAGCAGCUCCAGACACAGCUCUGAUGACCAAAAUAUAUAUCCGAGCUUUAAAAGGCUGCAAAUAAAUUUCAACAAGCCCAUGCCUCAACAGGAAGGUUCAUCAUCAUCUAAUGAUGAGGGUAGGUCAAGGGCUUCUUUAUGUAAUCGAUCAAGGAGCUUUUCUCCUAAGAGGACAAAUACCCAACCAACCAAUUCGCAAAGACGCUCUCACAGUUUUUCACCAGCAACUACUAAUCAUGGAUUCAAAAAGUUGGUUUUAAAUGAGCUAGCCCAUCUCCAUUUAAAACUGAAUACACUUAUAGAAAUUGUGUCUACCAUUAUGAAGGCACAAGAUACUUUUUCAAGUGGAAACACUGAAAAAGAAAGUGCCUUCAUAAGGAAAUUACCAGUGACAAGUAUAGAGGAACUGCUGGAAAUUGAAGAGUGGCUGAAGGUGGAAAACAAUCACAAAACUAUGGUAAAUUAG